UACACACAGACACAUGUACAUACAUACACAGACACAUGUACACACAGACACAUGUACGUACAUAAACACAAACACACAAACAUGUACAUACACGCAGACACAUGUACAGAUACACACAUGUACAUACACACAGACACACACACACACACCUAUAUAAAAAGUUGCAGUACUUCGUUGUCCACUCAUAGAGCCGGGUACUGCACUCUAGGGGGAGGCAGAGAGCACAGCACACACUCCUUCCUUUGCUUUCACUGCGCUCAGCUAUUGAGCAGUCUGCCGACUCUCAGUGCCAAUGACAGAUCCGGCCUAAGCUCCAAGCCUGCUUAGGAAGACGGCCCUGGGGGACACACUCGCCACUGCCAUAAUUUCUACUCGCCAUUGGCGAGCAGGCGAGUGGAAAUUUCAAGCCCUGCUUUAGUCUAUACAGUUA